GUUCCCUUCAGAUCGGAGCGCUACGACCGCUGCGUGCGCCAGCUAUCAGACAAUCGGGACUUGAACCUACCCACAGCUAUGACCCUGCAGUUCUCUCUACCUGGAUUAACUCUCAAGUAACCGCUUUGUUGCCCCCACACCCCCUAACACCACCCCCACCCGGAGCAGCAGCAGCAGCCUCCGUCCUGUUCCCCUGUCUCCAACUAUCAGCUUUGUUCUGCGGUCAUGGGGUGCAUCGUGUUCUUUUUGCCUGGGCUGCUGACGGGCUCGGCCGUGCUGUGAGGUAGAUACCAGGUGGAUUUAUGGUCCGCAAAGCUGCAACUACCAGCCGAGGGAAAUUAGUGGAAGUUUGAGUUCCGGGAGGAUGCAGGUGACGUGUUGGUGCGCCGUGUUCCUCCUGACGCCUGUGCUUUGCCUGGUUACAAGUGCCCAUGUGAAGUCAGGAAGCCCCAAAUCAACGCUAAAGCAUAUAUGGACAGAAAGCAGUAAGGAUAUGUCAAUCAGUAGGCUGCUAUCACAGACUCUGCAUGGCAAAGAAAACAGUACAGCCUUGGACCUUCACUAUGACACUCCAGAGCCCUACUCGGAGCAGGACCUGUGGGACUGGCUGAGGAACUCCACAGACCUGCAGGACUCGCGGCCACGGGCUAAACGGCGGCCCAUGGUUAAGACAGGAAAAUUCAAGAAGAUGUUCGGCUGGGGAGAUUUCCACUCCAACAUCAAGACGGUCAAACUCAACUUGCUGAUCACUGGUAAGAUUGUGGAUCAUGGUAAUGGCACUUUCAGUGUCUACUUCCGCCACAACUCCACUGGUCAGGGAAACGUGUCAGUCAGCUUGGUCCCACCCACCAAGAUAGUGGAGUUCGAUGUGGCUUCACAGCAGUCUGUCAUCGAUGCAAAGGACUCAAAGUCCUUCAAUUGCCGUAUCGAGUAUGAGAAGGUGGAGAAAGGUGCCAAGAACACGCUCUGCAACUUCGACCCAUCCAAGACCUGCUACCAGGAGCAGACCCAGAGCCAUGUUUCCUGGCUCUGCUCCAAGCCUUUCAAAGUCAUCUGCAUCUUCAUUUCCUUCUACAGCACCGACUACAAACUGGUGCAGAAAGUGUGCCCAGACUACAACUACCAUAGUGACACACCCUAUUUCCCCUCUGGGUGACAGUCCCAUACUCACUUUCACCAUGGACAAGCAGAGUACAGACUGGGGCCUCUACCCAUUCCAGAGAAAUGUGUAUGUUAGCCGUUAUGUCCCUAAACAUGUCCACACCAGCGAGUCAACCAUCCCAAGUGAUUUUCCAAUUUACUGUUCUGGAUUUUGAGGGAGUUUUAUCUGUUAACUGUUGUUAAAAGAAAGUAUGUAAAGAAAGUAAUGUGCUUAAAAUGACCUGAAAAACUCUGAUUACUAUAAUUAUUAUCAGUUUGAAUUUUGUUGCUGAAUUAUGUUUUAUCCCUGUUGAACCAUGUGUAGCUAACUAGGGCUUAUUGGUCAUUUGUUUUUUUUAAUCCUUUUUUUAUCCUAUAAAUUCUGCCCUUUGUUUUUACUUCAUGUUUAGUUCACACUCUUUAUCAAAUUACAUGUUUGUAACCAUGUUUUCCUCUUUUAGCAUAUUUCAUAUGUAAUACAUGAACUCUCUGGACAACAACAUAUUGACUGUUUGCCCCUGCUGUGCUAUUUACACUCUGCAGUUCAUCCUGCAUAAAUAGAAAACAAAAUUAACUCCUCAUUUAAAAAGAAUAAAAAACAAAAUAGCUAGCUCAGAUGUUUUUUACAAAACCUGCAAGGCAUCUGAAGAAGACAGUGGAGAUUUAAAUGUGAGUUUGAUGCUUUUAGAAAUGUAAGUUGGUCUUAUCUAUCUAGUGGUGAGCUUGGACUGAGCAGACGUCUCCCUCAGGCAAGUCUCAUUCAGGAGAGAAAAUGUGGUAAAGCGCUCAGACACUGAAACGCUGUCACUCCUCAGCUGUGCUCCUGCUAGUGCAGACAGAUGUUGAGUUUGUUGGGUGAUUGCUUCAUUCUUGGCUGAUUGAAUGUCUGAUUACAUGACUGAUUGAUCAGUGAUUUGUUCAGGGAGAUGGGGCUUGCUCAUUGUCACUUAAUAUAUCAAAUGUAAUGUAUUGAAUUCUAUAUCUUAGAGCCUAAUUUGUAUGAAUGGUUUGUAUUGUACAUAGUUUAUCCCAUUUGCGCUACUUCUAUACAUGCCCCCAUGAGCUGUGUUCCACUUCCCGCUAUGUCCUCUUGUUCACUCAUUUAUGCUCGUUCUUGACUCCUCUAGCAAAGAAAAUGAUGUUGCUGCCCUAGAUGUGAUUUUCAUGAAAACAGCAAUCCUGUACAUAAGCUGUAAA